GCGGCAGCGGCAGCGGCAGCCAAGAGCAGGCGGCAGCCCAACCCCAGGUCCCCAAGCAAAGAUGCUGUCGUCUUCCACCUCCACCCUACGCCUCCACCAACCAACCCGCCCCCACCCGCCGGCUGCGGCCGCGGGAGGCGCCACCCACCUGACCUCCCCGCGGCGGUGGCGCGGGCACUCCCCGGCGCCCCUCCGCGCGCUGGACGCCGCCCAGCCGUUCGACUACGAGUCCCGCGCGGCGGGGCCGCUGGAGGAGCGGCAGCGGCUGAAGAUCGCCAUCGUGGGGUUCGGCAACUUCGGGCAGUUCCUGGCGCGCACGUUCGCGCGGCAGGGGCACACGCUGCUGGCGCACUCGCGGACGGACCACUCGGCGGCGGCGUCCGCGCUGGGCGCCGCCUUCUUCACCGACCCGCACGACCUGUGCGAGUGCCACCCGGACGUGGUGCUGCUCGCCACCUCCAUCCUGUCCGCGGAGGCCGUGCUGCGGUCGCUGCCCCUGCACCGGCUCCGCCGCAGCACCCUCUUCGCGGACGUGCUCUCCGUGAAGGAGUUCCCCAGGAACCUGCUCCUGAGCUCGCUGCCGCCCGGCUUCGACGUGAUCUGCACGCACCCCAUGUUCGGGCCGGAGUCGGCGCGCGACGGGUGGGACGGCCUGCCGCUGGUGUUCGAGCGGGUGCGCGUCGGGGACUGCCCCGCGCGCCGCGCCCGCGCCGACGCGUUCCUCGGCGCCUUCGAGCGCGAGGGGUGCCGGAUGGUGGAGAUGUCCUGCGCCGAGCACGACGCGCACGCCGCCGAGACCCAGUUCCUGACGCACACCGUCGGGCGGAUGCUGGCCACGCUGGAGCUGCGCUCCACGCCCGUCGACACCAGGGGGUACGAGACGCUGAUCCGCCUCGUGGACAACACCUGCAGCGACAGCUUCGACCUGUACAACGGCCUCUUCAUGUACAACAAGAACUCCACCGAGCUGCUCAACCGCCUCGAGUGGGCCAUGGACUCCGUCAAGAAGAGGCUCUUCGACGGCCUCCACGACGUGCUCCGGAAGCAGCUCUUCGAGGGCUCCCCGCACGCCCCCAACGUCUCCUCCUCCUCCUCCAACGUGCGCAAGUAGCCAUCCUCCCAAUGUCAUAUGUUUAUUAGUAAAAAGUAAAAGAUCCAGCCCCAAUUCUCCUUCUCUUCUCCGACCACCACCGUGCUUGCCUGCCGCUCAUGUCACGGUCGACAGCCUGUAUCUGUAUCUGUUAUUGGGAAUUUGGCAGCUGGCCGUUGGGAUUUGUGAUAUGGUGAUGUAGAGAAUGAAUAAAGCGGCAGUCUUUGUG